UAGUCAGAUCUGGCAACCCUGAUUCGCUGCCUCGCCUCGGUGUCUCGCGGAGAGGAGAAACAAUGGCUGCAGCUCUGUCUCGUGCCCUCAAACUGCCCGGGAAGAAGGGCUCAGACCUCGGGGACUAUGACCCUCUCACUCAAGCAGACAGUGAUGACGAGAGCGAAGAGGAUGACCUUGUGCUUAACUACCCCAGAAACGGUCUGGGCAGGGACAGCUCUCUGGGCUCGGGGUCCUCAAAGCUGCGUGGUGGAAGAUCGGGAAGGCAUGUUGGUGCCACAGAUGAGGUGCAGGAUGAGGAGGACGAGGAGGAAGAAGAUGAGUGGACGGACCAAUUUUCCAGCAAGUCCAGAAAGGGCAGAGAGAACCUGAAGGGAAGCCAGUACUGGAGCCACAGGGACUCCGGAAUAGGGCAGGACAGAGGAGGAACUGGAUCGUCUGGGAGUGCUGGGCUGGGGGCUCACAGCUCUGAGGCAGCGGAAAAAAGGAAGAGAGCAAAAAAUGCAAUCCGAAGUGCAUUUUUCCUGGUGCCUCUUGCCUGUACCACUUUGAUUGUGCUGCUGUGUGCAUUUCUGGUUCCCUGCCAGAAGGCAGAGCUGGAAAAGAAGCUGCAGUGGGAAAGAGCACUGGGAGAUGCAGCAGGUGUCACUCCACCUGCACUGGCUUUGUGGGAUAUUGAUGGUGAUGCAGUGGAGGAUGUGCUUCUCGGUGUUACUGAAUGGACCAAUGGCACGCAUGCAACACAAAGGAACAAAAUUUACAGCGUGGUGACUGUCAGUGCUGUCAGCGGUCGGGUGUUGUGGAGGAAAGUCAUGAAUGAGUCCGUGGUCUACAUCCAGUGCGGUCUGCAGCGCAGCACGCACCCGUCACCUGUUUGCCUCAUCAUCGGAAAAUCCAUCAUGAUGGCGGUCAACAGUACCACAGGGAAGAAGCUGUGGUUGGUCGUUCUUAAGGACAUUGAAUCCCAGGCAGUGUUACUUCCUGACAUCCAAGAUGACUCAGUCCCAGAUCUUCUUGUAGCUACUCUGCCCACUGAUGAGACUUUUGAUUUGUCUCUGACUCUGAUCUCUGGCCUGACGGGAAGAACAGUUGGACAUCCUGUCUCCUUCAACCUUACAGGACAAGGAAAGCUCAUUGGCCCUUUGCUGCAUGAGACACAGCUAGGAGCGUACUACAUCCUGUUUGGACUAGGUAGCGUCCAGGCCAUCUCUUUACAAGACAUCUACCUUCAAGCCACGGGCAAAGUGCCCAAACCUCAUCCUGUACGGAGGAAGGAUAUGAUCUGGGAGAACCUGAAGAAAACCAACUCCUCCUUUAUUCAUAUUUACAGAGGAUCAGAGCGUGUAGAAUUCCUGACCCCCCUCGUGGCUGGUUUCGGACACAACCGCAACAGUCUGGACUCGGUUUCCAACCUGAACUCUACCAGAAGCGACUGGGUGUUGGUUUACGGAGCCAGCACCCUGUCCGUGCUCAGACAGCAGGACUUGCACAAAGAGUGGACUUUCAACUCAGCUCAAAUUCACUGUCAGCCAGCUUUGGGUCACUUCAACAAUGAUGGAGUUCUGGAUCUUUUCAUUCAGCAUUCAGCAAACGGCAUCAUGACAGCACUGAUUAUUAACGGGGCGAAUGGCACCCUCCUCUGGAAGGCUGAGUUUGUAUGUCCUCGUCUCCUUUUGGAGUCAUCCACUGUAUUAACGUCAACAGGCCAAUCAGCUUUCCUCUUUUGGGCCAGCAAGCCAAUCAAAAAACAUAGCAACGUUGCUAGAGCUACAAUGGCACCGGGUGUCGCUGCAGCAGAGCCGCUCAUCAGAAAGCUCUUCCUGAUGCACCCGGCUUAUCCCACAGUUCUGCUGCAGCUCAGCAGUACAACGGACACAGCAGUCACAUUUGCAGUGAGUUACCUGGAGCAUCUAAAAGAUGCCACCUACAUCACCGUGUCCUCCCGGCCUACGACCGAUUCGGAGCCCAGCACCUGGAUAGUGGAGAGCACGAGCCUCAAAGCUGCCAUUAAGAGAGGACAAAUCGUCCGGCUGGGGGAAAACGAGAAAACCGAGGCAUCUGGUAAACUCGAUGCGCUGGAGGUGACCACGUUCUUCCGGCGUCUCUCCUUCAAGCGUCAGUGAUGAGCUCUGAACCGCGGGCCUGCAUCAUGUGGAGCCACAGAACUGGGAUCCCAUGGGUGAAAGGGUCAACAGUUGUGAACACUUCUGCAGUAAUGGGUCACAAUUCAUUUAAAGCUGUUCACAUGCUGUUAGCUCCACUAAGAACUUUUACAUUUCUGUGAAAAUGUUCAGUGAUACAUUUCUCAUAAUUUAUUUUCAUAAUUGAAAGUCUGAUUUAACAUAUUUCCCAUUUAGUAUUUAUUUAACUGAAGCAGAGCAACUUUAUCCCGUAGUUGAAAGAAUAUUAUUGCUGCUGGAACAUUUGAAUGCGUUGACAUUCUGUAAAUAGAUCUUCCAUACUUACUGUGUUCAUGUCUACCAAUAAUAUACAGCUUCUGUCAUCUCCUCUAGGAUUUACUUCUCAACAUCUAGUAUGAUGUUGAGAAGUAAAUCCUAGAGGGAGUCUGUAAAUAUUUAAUAAGACAAAGUAUUUAUUUUCUUCUGUUUUUCAGUCAGUUUUUUAAGGAGUGUAUGAUUGAGCAUUGUUUUAUUAUAUGCUGGAAUAAGCUGGUAUUUUACACAAUGCAAGUGGAAGUAAACUAACUGCUCCCUCAGCUAAGCUUCUGUUGUCCGUGCAUAUUCAUAGAAAUAGAAGAGAAGGCUGCGUUAGCUCCGUCAUAUGGAAGGCCGAGGGGUGCAGUGUUCUCCUUGGAAACUAGAACAAGCUUGAGAACAGGGUUUUCUGAAUAAAAGUGGCACUAAUGUUUACAAACA